AUGCGCCGAGUUUUUAGGAAAAGUCUCAGUGGAGCCCUUUCGUACCGCUGGUGUUGGAGCCCACAACCGGGGCCCUCCUACCCCACACCUGAAGCACUUGUAGAAACCAUACGCCGCCAAGGGCCGAAGGAGUCGGUAUGGAAUUUAGAUUUUUCAUUUCUACCGAAGCGUCCUUCCACUCAAGGGGAGGACGUACCUGACGAUGUCCUCCGCAGCUGCAGUGUCGCUCUCUCAGAGUCAGCACUCACCGUCAAGCGACUCUCACUGACAAUAAACUCUCCGGAAGCGGUGGAGGUCGCUAUUCGGUUCUUACGCGGAGCACAGCUCCCCGCGCUUCGCACACUUGAUUUAACUCUCCACAAUGUAGCUUUUGUGCAAAAUGAGCGAAUGCUCGCGACUCUACUCCAAAGUGCUGCGGGCGUGGCCGGCCGACUAGCUGAAUUGCGUGUUGCCAUGAUUACACAUGACAUCCGCAGUGGCUUACAGUGGGGGCGACAGCAGCGUGUGCCUACCGCACUUGCUACUCUUCUAUCCGCGUCUGCACUUGAGUCCUUGUCGCUGGAGCACUUGGUGAUGUCCAGUACAAGCGACGAAGAAACCUUGGUAUUGAAUGCUGCUAUUUUGAAUUCAUGCCGUGGGUUGCGACAAUUAUCGCUUAGCGGCAGCGCAUCGCUGCUUCGCUGUGAUUCGUUUCUUCAUGACACUUUAAUGGGAAUGCCACGCCUGGAGGUGUUGGACCUCAGCGGUAUUUGCCUGAAUGAUGUGCAAAUACAAAAGUUACUGGUAUCGCUUAGGGUUUCAAUUGGUGGAUGGCACAACUUACAACAGUUAAACCUCGCUGGGUGCGGUUUAUCAACUUGGGCACUUGGGUUGAUGCAAAAUGAUUUGGGUGACCCGCAUCCGCUACCAUCCAAUAGUUCUUUCGGUUUAAAGGUUCUGAAUCUUAGUAGCAACGGUAUCGAUGAUGAGGGUGCAUUUGUCCUCGCCACGGUUUGUAUGCGUUGCAGGUGGAUUGAGGAAAUAUAUUUGAGACACAAUCGGAUCACAGAGAAAGGUGCUGCAGCCAUCUGCUCCGCUGUCAGAGAAGGAACUGAAUUAAGAGUGCUCAGCUUUCAUUCUAAUCUGCUCAAAGAUGAGGGGCUUCUUGAGGUAUUGCGGCACUUCGAGGGUUGGCCGAAGUUGCAGCGAUUUGAUGUUACUCGUUGCCGGUUAACAGUAAGGUGCCUACCGUCUCUAUGUAUCGCGCUUCUUUCUUCAAAAGCACUACAAGAGUUGGUACUUGAUCGCAAUGAUCUGCGUCUGCUGGACACCUCAGAUGUUACUGGUACUACAGGAGGGGGCGUGCAUCUUUUUGCAUUCGACUCGAUGCGCAGCGGUAUCGGCAGUGCGGACAUAAAGGCACUCACAUCGUUCGAGGUCGACCGCCGGGAUGCACUUGAGGGUCGCCAGCGACACAAGGGGACAGGACCAGCUAAUGAAGAGAAGAAGUUCAAUUCAACUUUCAUUGGAGCCGCGCCAUUUGAACGACUCGGCUCAGCACUGGCCUCCUGCGCCGAACUGCGUAGUUUUUCAGCCUCAGGUUGCUCCCUCACGGACACCGCAUUUCUGUCUUUGACCGCUGCAUUACAAAGGUGCCGUUUGACGCAUCUUAACCUUAGCUCCAAUCCGUUGUUCACCCACGUGGAAGGCAUAGAGGCCCUCGGCAGACUGCUGCAUUGUGCUUCUGAAGCCCUGGAAGUACUGGAUGUGUCGUGUACUGGUUUGGGAAACGUAGGGAUCGCGGUUCUCGCGGAUGGAUUGUCGGACUCUGUGUCGGAAAUGGUUGGAGAACCGCCGCUGAGAUCGCUUGGCGCACUAAGAGAACUUCAUGUGUCGCAUUGCCGUAUUGGUGAUGACGGUUUUGGAGCGCUCGCCGAUGUGGUGCCCUUUAUGUGUUCGUUGGAGCGUCUGUUUUUGGACGGGAAUCAGGUAACUAGUGUGCCUGUGGUUGUUUCCCUCCUUGGGAAGCUGUCUACGCUGCCAUCACUUGUCUUCGUAGGACUGCAUGGUACCCUCUCGCCUAGAAGCGGAGCCGAGGUUGCGGUAUGUAGUGAGUACUCCCUGUUGCGGCGUAAGGGAAUAACUGUCCACGUUUGA